AUGGAUCCUCCGCUCAUCGUAGCCGACCUGCUGGCGACGGCGAUCAGCGAGAAAGAGCAGCGGCAGCAGACGAAGGAGUCUGCGAUCCGCGAGGCCGUGCGGUGCCGCGACCGGCGGACGCUCGUGAAGCUUGCGCGGAGCAAAGGCGGGCUGGUCAAUGACUCUUUGCGGAAGCUUGCGUGGCCGUUUCUUUUAGGAUGCGACGCCGACGCGUUCCAGGAUCCGGACUGGAAAGUGCUGCUGCCGGCGCACCCCGAGGAAGCCCAGGUCAGGCUCGACACCGACCGCGCGUUCCACUUCUACCCCGAGUCGCGGACGCCCUCUCCCGCGACGUCCGACGAUCUCCUCCGCGCGGACCGCGACGAGCUGUUUGAUGUCAUCACGCACGUCCUCAGACUACACCCCUCGCUCAGCUACUUCCAGGGCUUCCACGACAUCGCGCAGGUGCUCUACCUCGUCCUCGGCCGGCGCCACGCCGUCACCGUGCUCGAGCACCUCAGUCUGACGCGGCUCCGGGACUUCAUGAUGCCUGAUAUCGAGCCCUCGGUCGACCAUCUGUCGCUGAUUCCCGCGCUGCUGGCGCAGAUCGAUAGGCCGCUCGCGGACGUGCUCAGGUAUACGAGGCCGCAUUACGCGCUGGCUACGAUCUUGACGAUGUUUGCCCAUGUCGUUGAGUCUUAUUCUGAAAUCACUCUUGUUUUCGACUUUUUCUUCUCGGCGGCGGAUAUGGCCUUACCCGUCUAUCUCUACGUGGUCAUCCUAAUCAGCCGGCGCGACGAACUUCUAUCAUUCCAGAAAAACACACAAGCAGACCCAGAAAAAGAACAAGAACAAGACGAAGAAGAUAUCCACGAAACAGCACAGAUGCUCGAAGCCACAAUCUCCCGCUUCCCACAACCGCUCCCGCUCGCGCUCUCGGACGCGCUCUCCCGCGCGCUAGCGCUAUGGAUGCAAUAUCCCCCGCACACACUCACCCCCGCGUACGACAAGAUCUCGAAAUACUCUGUUUUGAAGACACUCCGCGAGCCCACGGCGGCGGAGGAUAUGUAUUCCGGCGUCGAGCAACUCGACGGCGAGGACGAGAAGCGCAUGGUCUCGCGACGGGAACGGAUCCGCCGCCGCCGGAAACGCAUUCAGGAGUCUUCCACCUCCUCCUCACCCAGACCAUCGCGCAGACCGUCCUCCGCGUCCGUGGUCGAGGAAUACGACUACAUCGAGCUCGACCGCGUGCACAAACCCGCAGACUACACCGCGCUCGACGCGCUCGUCGCGCGGCAGACGAGCGAGUGCAAGAAGCGCGCGGCCCGCGAACGCGCGCGGGUCGAGCGGCAGCGCGCGAGGGAGGCGCGCGAGAGGAAAAAUAGGGCGGUUAGGGAGCGGAGGAGCGCGACGAGGAGACUGGCGGAGCAGAUUCCGGGCGCGGUGGCCACUUUGUAUCGGCGCGGUGUGGGCGCGGAGGAGGGGGGUGAGGAGAGUGGGGAGGGGGGUGAAGGGGAUACGUUGGACGGAAGUAUUGUUUUACUUGGUAAGCCAGCAGAUAUGCAGCAAGCAACCUCCUCGUCCUCGCCGACCCUCUUCACAGCCUUCCGCCGCGCGCGCCCGCCAACCGCACAAGUCAACGGCACGGCAACAACGCUCGGCGGCGUGCGCCGGUUCAAGUUUGCGGACGCGCGCAGGACAAUCACGGCCUUGUCUCCCUCGUCGAUGAUGGCUGCCAUCGGUAUGGUCUCUUUUUGUAUCGGCGUUUUGAGUUGGUGGGUCUCGUGGUUUCUGCGCAGGGAUUAUUAG